AUGAAGACUCUGGUCCCCCUGCUGUCUCUGCUCCUGCUGGGGGUCCAGGCCCAGCAUGGGGCUGACUGGACCUACUCAGAGGGGUCGCUGGACGAAGAGCACUGGGCGAGCAAGUACCCCACCUGUGGGGGCCAGAGACAGUCACCCAUCAACGUGCAGAGGAAGAACGUGCGCUACAACCCCUAUCUGAAGGCCCUGAAGCUGCAGGGCUAUGAGACCCAGCAGGGCAAUUUCCCCAUGAUCAACAACGGCCACACAGUGCAGAUCACCCUGCCCCACUCCAUGAGCAUGACGGCUCCCGACGGCACCAACUACAUCGCCGAGCAGAUGCACUUCCACUGGGGUGGUGCAUCCUUGGAGAUCAGUGGCUCCGAGCACACCAUUGACGGGAUGAGAUACGUGGCUGAGAUCCACGUCGUUCACUACAAUGCUAAAUAUGGCAGCUUUGAUAGAGCUCAGAGUGCCCCGGAUGGCCUGGCUGUGCUGGCCUCACUCAUUGAGGCCCAGGAGUUUGUGGAAAACACCUAUUACAGCAAGUUCCUUAAACACUUGAAUAAGAUUAGGUAUCCAGGACAAAACACAGUUCUAGAAGGCCUUGACAUUAUUGACAUGCUGCCUGAGAACACGCAACACUACUACAGGUACCAAGGAUCGCUCACCACUCCUCCCUGCACUGAGAAUGUCCAGUGGUUUGUGCUGGCAGAUCGUGUCAAGCUCUCCGCAGCACAGAUAUUGAAGAUGGAGAACACCUUACUGAAUCAUCAAAAUGAGACCCUCCACAAUGAUUACCGCAACACCCAGCCCAUAAAUAACAGAGUGGUGGAAUCCAACUUCAUGGAUCAGUAUCAGGCCGAUCCGAGGCUUCAGAUAGAGGCUAAACUAAAGAAACUGGUGGAUGAGACCCAGUAUGACAUUCUUAAAAACACUAAAGCAAAGAAAAAAAAGCAUGGAUGGGUAAUAGCCUGAAGCAGAGCUGUGGGGGCGAGGCACCCUCGGGCCGCCCCCUGCGAGU